AUGGCCCUCGCCACCGCUGCCGUCUCCCUCCACCCUUUCCUCACCCGGCCAGCCUCCGUGUUCCGCGUAGGGCUCCGCUUCCCACCCCUCCUCCUCCGCGCCACUUCGUCCACCUCCACCUCCGCCUCCCCGGACUUCAACAUCACCUUCGUUGAGCCCGCGCCGUCCAAAAAGGCCCCGUCCGCGCAGCCGCUGAGGCGGAGGGCCGCCAAGAAGGAAACCCUCAAGGGCCAAAAAGGCGCGGUUGCUGCCGCCGCCGCGGCUGCUUCCAUUGCCAGCGUCAAGGCACGGAAGGCCGCCCCGACCGCGCCGCCCAAGUUCUCCAAGGCUGCCAGGAGGUUUUACAAUGAGAAUAUCAAGGAGCGGGAGCCGCAGCGGCUCGCCAAGGUCCUUGCUGCCGCAGGAGUGGCAUCAAGAAGGACCAGUGAGGAGCUCAUCUUCCAAGGGAAGGUGACUGUCAAUGGUUCAGUCUGUACUUCUCCUCAGACCAAAGUUGACAUCUCAAAGGAUUCUAUCUACGUUAAUGGGAAUCGCAUUUCCAAGAAGCUGCCUCUGAAGCUGUAUUUUUCUGUUAACAAGCCAAAGGGGUACAUUUGCUCAUGUGGCGAAGACUCAAAGUCUGUUGUCUCCUUAUUUAAUGAUUAUUUGAAGGGCUGGAACAAGAUUCAACCAGGGCUGCCAAAACCACGCUUGUUUACUGUGGGUCGUCUUGAUGUUGCCACGUCUGGUUUGAUAAUAGUCACAAAUGAUGGUGAGUUUGCUCAAAAACUUGCACAUCCUUCUUCAAAUGUAACGAAAGAAUAUGUGGUAACUAUUGAUGGUACCGUGCACAAAAAACACCUCAUAGCUAUCAGUGAAGGCACAAAAAUUGAUGGGGUCAUGUGCAUUCCUGAUUUAGUAGAACCAUUGGAUGCCCAAUCAGAUACAAGAAAGACCCGCCUGAAGAUAGUGGUCCAUGAAGGACGAAAUCAUGAAGUCCGUGAACUUGUACAGAAUGCAGGGCUGCAGGUUUAUGCAUUGAAACGUGUUCGGAUAGGCAGGUUCAGGCUUCCGGCAGAUCUGGGAAUUGGGAAGUUUGUUGAGCUCAAACAGGCUGACAUCAAGGCACUAGAAGGCAACAAGUAG